CUUUUCUUCUCCCACUCAGUGUUAAGAAGGCAGCAAGAACACCCGUGAGUGUCGGCAUUUACCUGUCAAGAUACGGAAUAACGUACCACCUUAACAUUUGGAUUAUUUCUAAUUUCGACUAGCAAACUGCUAAAGAUUAUCUCCACGGUCCAGCCAUGGGUAUGACCGGGGCGGCGUGGAGGGGAGAGGGGGAUUUAAAUUUCCCUUUCGUCCCAGCAGCUUCUUUUGAUUUGAAGUAAACGGUGCACCACAGCAGGACCGAGCGGUGUUUUCUUGACAUCUUUGACUGACUUAAAAGUUGUUGUUCGUCGAUUUCGGAACAGCAGAAUCUUUAUACACGGGUUUGCUUGUUUUUGUUGAUAUUUUUUGGAGUAUUUUUUCCGUGUUUUCCUGGAGAGCGGAGGUGGCGAACUGAGAGCGGCUCAUCGAGUCGGGACUGACCACUGGAGUUGGUCCUGAAAAUGGAGGCUGUUAUCGAGAAGGAAUGCAGCGCGCUUGGAGGACUCUUCCAAACUGUUAUCGCAGACAUGAAGAGCAGCUACCCUAUUUGGGAGGACUUUAUCAACAAGGCUGGCAAACUGCAGUCGCAGCUCAGGGCGACGGUGGUCGCUGUGGCUGCUUUCCUGGAUGCCUUUCAGAAAGUGGCUGACCUGGCUACCAACUCACGAGGUGGGACCAAAGACAUUGGAUCAGCGUUGACCAGGAUGUGUAUGCGACAUCGCAGCAUAGAAGCUAAACUAAAACAGUUCUCCAUGGGCUUCCUGGAGGGUCUAAUCAACCCUUUACAAGAACAGAUGGAGGAGUGGAAAAGAGGAGUCAACACGUUGGACAAGGACCAUGCUAAAGAGUAUAAAAGAGCCCGGCAAGAAAUAAAGAAGAAGUCCUCGGACACAUUGAAACUUCAGAAGAAAGCAAAGAAAGGUCGUGGUGAUAUCCAACCCCAGUUGGACAGCGCCAUGCAGGAUGUCAGCGAUAAAUACAUUCUGCUGGAAGAGACAGAGAAGCAGGCCCUGAGGAAGGCUCUCAUAGAGGACAGGCAGAGGUUCUGCUGCUUCGUAGCCAUGCUGCGGCCUGUAGUGGAUGAAGAGAUUUCCAUGUUGGGAGAGGUCACCCAUCUCCAGGCAAUCUCUGAUGACCUCAAAACCCUGACCUCUGACCCACACAAGCUUCCCCCUGCUAGUGAACAGGUGAUCCUGGACCUGAAGAGCUCAGAUUACGGUUGGUCAUAUCAAACGCCACCCUCAUCCCCCAGCACCACUAUGUCCAGGAAGUCUAGCAUGUGCAGUAGUCUGAACAGCGUUAACAGUAGUGACUCCAGGGGAUCCAGUGGCUCUCACUCUCAUUCUCCUUCCUCCUCUUCUUCCUCCUCUUCUUCACACCACCUCUUCCACCACCAUCACCCCCGCCAUCGGUACCGUAGCUCCACGCUACCCCAGCAGGCCCCAGCCCGGCUCUCUAGCAUCUCCUCCCACGACUCGGGCUUCAUCUCUUCAUCACACGACCAAUACACAUCGUCCAAAUCAUCCUCGCCCAUGCCAGCUGAAACAAAGCCUUGUCCCAGUUCCAGGUCCUCUGAGGUAUCAGUGACUGGGCAGCUCCACAGUGACUGCAGCUCCCCCUCUCCUCUCGCUGCUGCUAGUGCGCCUCAGCACACUACUGACAAGUUGUCCAAUGGUUUUGACCACUACAGCCCGGUCAGUUCCCCCUACAUGCAUAGCAACGGGGGAAGUUUGGGCUCAGGGUCAGGCACUGCCUUCCCCUUCUUCCCCACUUCCCCCUCAUCCCACACCACCUCCUCCUGCCCCACUCGCUCAUGGUCACGUCCUGCCUCAGCCUUGCUGCCAGACCAAACUCAUCCCUGCAUGUUGGGCUCCCCAAUGGUGCCUUCAUCACGAGUCCCCAGCUGGAAGGACUGGGCUAAGCCAGGCCCUUAUGACCAGCCCAUGGUCAACACACUAAGGAGGAAGAAAGACAAGGAGAUGCCAGCUAUUGUGGAUAGUAAUGGUAGUGUGAGUAAUGACAACAGCCCGUCGUCAGGCCCGGCCUCCAUCUCGACCUCAGCACCAGCUCGGCUGCCUUCAUUCAGAACUAGUUGCUUAAUGGCAAGCAUAUCAGCUGGUGAUAUUGAGGCCCAUGAGGAACUGGCUCUGGCUCUAUCCAGAGGUCUGGAGCUGGACACCCAGAGGUCCAGUCGAGACUCUAUUCAGUGUUCCAGCGGCUACAGCACGCAGACCAACACACCCUGCUGCUCUGAAGACACAAUACCAUCACAAGUGUCAGACUAUGACUAUUUCUCAAUGGCUGGAGAUCAGGAGCCUGAGCAGCAGCACUCGGACUUUGACAAGUCAUCCACCAUCCCCAGAAACAGCGACAUCAGUCAGUCCUACCGACUCAUGUUCCAGAGCAAACGGCCAGCCUCCACAGCCGGCCUGCCCAGCACACAGACUCCUCACCACGGACAGGGGGCCUACCCUCCAGGGCCCUAUCCCCCCACACCUGUUCACACUGGGGCUUAUCCUCCUACUCCUACAGGCUCGUGCUCAGGUCAGGGAUUUUACUCUGGAUCAAGCUCCCAUAAUCCAUCUGGCUCUUAUUCUACAAGCCACGGUCCAGUUAUCGUCACCCCUGGGGUUGCCACAAUCCGACGCACCCCCUCUUCAAAACCGUCCGCCCGGCGGUCAGGCUCAGUUGUGGGCACCGGCCCCAUCCCGAUUCGUACACCUAUGAUCCCAGUAAAAAUCCCCACGGUGCCUGAUAUGUCCGCAGCAGUUAACGGGAGCAGGAGUGCAGAGGAGAUGGGAGGAGGAAGAGGAGAAGAGAGCCCAGACUCUCCAACAUUUGCAGGAGGGGAAGAUGCCGGCACGCUGCCUGUGAUGUCCUGGAGCGGUCAGGCUACGACCAAUCCUCCCACUGUUCCCCUGCCCAACCAGCAGCAGCAGUACCCUCACAGCGAGACAGGGCAGGAAGGAGGAGGAGACGAGGGAGAAGAGUUAGAGGGCAACAUGCUGGUGGCUAUCCGCAAGGGAGUCAAGCUCAAGAGAACCCUCACCAACGACCGCUCCGCACCACGCAUAGCAUGAUGACAUGAGCUCACGUCACAGAAGUGAGGCUCUCCCUUCAUUGUGUUUGUAAAUGAGGUUAAAGGCUUUAGAAAAAUUGAUGCUAGAAAGGCGGUGUACAGAAUCAAAAGGCCUCUUAUGCUAGUCUGAGAAAUGUAUUCUGUUCUACAUGUAGCGUUUCUCAUUCUGUAAAUCUUCCCCUGUGAGAAUCCCUCACUGCAGAAGCCAUUUAUAAUGAUCCAGUACAGAAAUAUAUAGAUAUGUAUUGAUCAGGUUGACAUUUUCUGAUUUGGCUCAUGAUGCGUCAGAAAUUCUGUGAAGCCAGGUAUGGUGAAAUAUUGGUGUGGACCUAAAGCAGAUGACAGGCCCACUUCAGUAAAGUAAUUAUACGAGCCUUUAGGAGUACAAGGACAAGAGCUAGUUUCUUAUACAGGUCCUUGAAAAGCACUAAAAUGUUUUGCAAAUCCAAGCCCAAUGACAACGUAAAACACAAGGAUGUUUUUUGCAUUACACCACAAUAUGUUCAUUUCUAUAAGAUGAGAGUUAAGACGUAUUUUACACACAUGUAUCCAGUAUUCUUCCUGAAACCGAGGGUUGGACAAGGACGAUGUGUCUGCCUCCUCUCAGUGUAAAAAGACGCUGUGUAAUAUGUGUGAACUCUCAUCACUUAGAGCAUCAUUGGACAAAUAAGCGCUCUAACUGUCUAGUGAUUUGGCAGAAGGAGCGCAAUAACCAAUGCAAGUACUUCACAGCAUCAAGAGAGCAAUAUUCAGACGCACCAGAAAGCAGUGGCUCCAGUGGUCGGAUUCUGAUUGCACCAUUUGGCAUCUCCUCCUUUGUGUUGGCUGCUUACUUGGAGGGACGCCCUGAUGGCUGCAGGAAGGUGCUGUGUUGUCAAAACUAAAUACAGUUUGUCUACAACAGAGGCAGAGGUGUGACCAACAGAGAGAGCUCCUCAAAAAGCAAAUGAGUUCGGGAGACUACAGUGUGACUAAAGCGUCACAUGGUUGAUGCCAUGACAUUAAGAGACUACAAGUUACGUCCUGUUUUAGUUGUUUUAGCAUUUACAUGAUUUGUAAAUAAUUUUGCACGUCUCAGUCGGUGCUUCUUGCUCCCCGUUUUUCUUUCUGCUCCUCCACGGUGCCACAGUCGUUAAGUUUCACAUCUUUGAACAGGAUGUUUAUUAAUUUCACGUAAUGAUCGUUGAAGCCCAUUACCUUUGGAUGUGAAUUGGUUUUACUUUUCAACAUUUCUCCCCAGUAUGAAUCUCAUUUAAUCUGCAAUAUCUACAUGCUGAGCUUUGUAGAACUCCUCAGUGGUUUAUGUUUAUAUAUAUUAGCCCUUAUAUAUAUAUUAGCCCCUUCUUUUUUGUAGCAUUUAUUAGCCAUACUUCAACCUGCUGCUCAUAACAUUACUAAUAAAUGUCAAAGUACAGAUGUGCCAUGUAAAAAACUCAACAUUAAUUCAAAUUUAUAUGUGUUAUUAAACAUUUUAUAGACGUUAAUGAGGACACAUAUUUUUGAUGUUUUAAAGUUAGAAAGCUGUAACGCCAUAUUGGUUUUGUUAUUCUGUCUGGUUGCUGUUAUAUUGAACUCUUGUCUUCUUUGAAACGCAUGUAGCGUGCAUGCUUGUUUCCUUUUGACUUAUUAGGUUUUUAACAUCCGUUAUUUCCAGUUCUGGUGUGUUUUUGCAAUAUCAAAAUGUGACAAGUCCAGUACGUACAGACAUGAAACACAUAAAAAUCCACUGUAUAAUUUAAGAAGCACAUCACAAUAGGUACAGUUUAAAAUAUUCUGUUUUUAUUUGGAGAUGUAAGGCUUUUCUUCAGACUGCAGCGUUGUAAGACUAUAGGUUGAAACUGACUUAUAGUCUGUAUUUGAAUUAGCUUUUCAGUUGAAGCACUGUGAGACCAUGGCUACUACAAGAUGUAUGAAACUGUAAAUGUUAUUUAGCUACACAAGUUAGUCCAAGAACUCUCACGUUUUUAAUUUAUUUUCUCCUCUUAAGUCUUUAAAUCUUUUUUUUUUCCUCAUCCUAUUUUUAUACGUAUAUAAAGUAUCAGAGUUAAUAGAGUUGUUUUCUCUAUCCAUGCAUGUACUAUCUAAUGAUGUGUUGUUUCACCGGUGAAAUGUCGGCGACCGUCCUGCUAUGAUUCUUUUAUGUCCCAUAUUUCACACAUUUGCAUAAUUGCACUGCGUUUUAAAAAUUUGCAUAAAAGCUGGCUGGUUUAAAAGGGAACAGCAGCUACAACCAAGUGUGUUCCUCAGGCUUUUACAAGUCUGAAAUGUGUUUCAAAAGUUAAGCAAGUUUUGGUUUUAUUACAGAGAGGCCUGCAUCAGUAUUAUGGGUUCAGAUUUUGGGACAAAUGGUAUUUGCAUGAUGCAGAGUUCACUUCAGUUCAGUCAAGACGGUGCAUUUUCUUCCAAAUGAGUUUGUCUGAAUCAUCAAUUUAUCAUUUGUACAAAUAAAAAAUUCUGUUCAACACAUAUUUUGGAGCGACUGAGCUGAGAGUGGACUGAUAACUGCCCUGAAAUUAGGUUUGCAGGAAGAGAUAAUGACAUGCAAACUUGAGCUGUCUCCAAGGGUGAUUUAAAUUUGAAUGCUUGUACCCCAGUUAUAUACAACUGAUAUCAAGUAAAAUGUUCUUGAGCAUCUUAUCUUAACAUGUUUGAACAAAUGACGCGUUGCCCACCAUGUCUGACCUGAGUGCUCCAGAGACAUCCAAGCAUGAAAACCCAGUUUGUUUCUAUAUUUUAAACAGGUGUCUUAUAUAUUGAUGAAAUAGCAAGGUGCAAUAGGAGGAAUGACAGCAGAAGAAUGGAUGACAAAAGCAAAGAUAUCAUUUUUGUCCCUGAAUUAAACCCACAGUUUGAACAGGGGAAUGCAUCACAGACCACCUGCACACAGAUCACCCCUGUGCUGUUUGAUUUCAACACAGCAAAGAUAAUGUCACAGCUUAGAUGUUUCUGGAAGCUCAGCAUUCAGCUCUUGAUAUUGUUCAUGAUGUUAAUAUUUUCAUUUGUGUUUUGGCCGUCCACCUGUCUAAAACUUAUACUAUCAACCUGUAAUUUCCAUAUUUAAAUUGCUAGCAUAAAUACAUAUAUUAUAUCAGAGUUGCCAGUAUAUCCUAUGAAUAAGAAGUCUAUAGUUUGUGAGGAUUUGAAAGUACGAUUAAACCUGGUCUCUAGUUUAGUUCCUAGCUGAUUAUCCCCCCUGAGGAGAGUUGACCUCUCCGUCUGUCCCUGUACAGCUCAACAGGCUACGAUGCAGUUUGUUUCAGGAAGUUAAAGGUUGUUAUUUUUUGUGUAAUGACAGCUUUAGCAAUAUAAUAAAAAUAUAAAUUUUG